AUGUCGUCGCUUCGUAUUCGGCAGCCUUUCGCCGCUUCAUUCGCGGUGCUGCUGCUAGUCUCAGCCUACCUCGGCCUCUCGACGCAAAAGAUCCCUCAGUAUGGCCAGAGUGACAAGGGACUGCACUUCAUAGCCUUCUUCCUGCUUACAACAUCCUUCUACUGGACUCCCGACCUCCCGCGCCGCCGCAUAAUCCACGCAACCCUCCUGAUCGUAACAGCAGGCCUCGCCAUCGGCUCCGAAAUCAUCCAAGCCCUCCUCCCCAACGGCCGAGACUUCGACCCAUUCGACAUCCUAGCCAACGUAGUAGGCUCGACAGCCUCCCUCCUCCUCUGCUCCCUCUACCACAAACGCAUGCGCGAGCGUCGUCGCAAGAAUAAACACUACGACAUUGUUCCCGGUGACGAAAUCGCAGACGACGAUGGAGGCGAGGCGGAGCUGGAUGAUCUGGGCAGAGCGGAAGCAGGGCUAGGAGCGCAAGAGACGGGAACGAUAGCUGUGGAGCUCCCUCCUCCGCAAGCGAAUGGAGGUGCGGCGAAGAAUGUGGAUGUGAGUGAGGAGCUGGAUAAUUGGGAUGAGAACGAGGAAGAUUGGGAGGAGGAAGGUGCGGAGGGAGCAAGAGUUGCUGCGGGAGUUGGAAGAGACGGAGCAGCGGAGGAUGGGAAGAAGAGGGUUGACUGA